CAUUAGGCGACAAGUCAGCUGAUAGGGUUCCGUAAAUGAUGGCUGUAAUUGGACAUGUAUUAGUGCAUUUGGUAUACAUAUAAUAUACAAUAUAUAACUUGUACUUAUUUUUAAGGGUAUAAUGUAAGUCUAAUUUAGCGCACUUCUUAUUUGUUUGGAUUAUACUGUUCGGUACCAGUACAUGUCUAUCAGAUGCUAACAGCUAAGAGCUAACAGGUAUUGUGUUGAGAUUCUCCACAUAUAAGCCUGAACGCCAUGGCGAAUUCAUUUAAACUUGGUGAAAGAUUUCAUGAGAAGAUAAAAGAGUUACUGGAGAAAAAAUGCUGGAAUUCACCGGAUCUCCUUGAGGAAUUAGGAUCAGUUAAAGAGCACACCAUCAUCUCAUUCCAGACUGCCAGGAAACUGCAGAAACUUCUUCAGCAAAAUGGAUAUCCAGUUUACCUUCAUGAGCUACUUGAAGACAGCACGCUUCAUCUUCCGAAGGUGGAGCCACCUCCAAGAAACCCUCAGUUAGUGGCUCGUCUGGAGAAGAUUAAAGCAAAACUGGCAAAUGAAGAAUACAGGAGAAUCACACGGAAUGUAAAUCCUCAGGAAAUGAAUAGUCAUGGAACCCUUGCAGACUUUGGAAGACAAGUGCGAUCUGUCAAAGCCAUCGUCGUCACUGUGUUCAACUUCCUGGUAACGGUGGUUGCAGCCUUCGCUUGUGCCUACUUGGGUAGUCAGUACAUCUUCACAGAAAUUACAUCGAGAAUAAUAUCUGCAGUGAUUGCAGCAUCUGUUGUUGGUCUAGCAGAGCUUUAUGUCCUUGUUCGCACUAUGGAGGGUGAUUUGGGAGAACCAUAACACUGGAAAAAACUCAUUAUUUCCAGGACGUUGACAAGAACCAUAUUAGACUGUAUUUAAUCCAAGUUUUCCAUCUGGAAAGGAGUGGAGAUUUUCAAAAUAAAGAUUUUUCAAUACCCCCCCCCAA